AUGACAGUAAAUGCCGAAAAGAGUAAUGGAGGACUUAAUUGGUUUGUAACAGGUUUAUUUAUUGUAGCACAAUUAGCUGGAGGAGGUAUUGUUGCCUUACCGACAGCUGUAAUUCAAUCAGUAAUGGCUUGCUCUACAUCUAUAAUGCUUGGAAAGUGUUGGUUAAUUUUACAAAGACGUUGGCCUGUUAUUUAUAAAGAUAAUCAUUGCCGAGAGCCUUAUCCAGAAAUUUGUAUGAGGGCUUUAGGCCCUCGAUUUAAAAAUUUGGCAAGUAUAUGUAUUCAAUUAAAUCAAUUUGGAAUUUGUGUUGUUUUUUUACUUUUAUCUUCAAAAAAUAUUCAACAUUUUUUGAAAGCUUUUUUUGACGUUAAUUUUAGUUUUUGUUUAUUAAUUUUAAUUUUGGCACUUUUGCUUUUUCCGUUUACAUUACUUAAAUCGCCAGAAGAUUUUUGGUGGGCAGCUGUUUUAUCAGCUGGGACAACAACCAUAGCCGUUAUUUUAAUUUGUUUUGGAACUUUAAUGGAUUCUUCUGUUUGUGCCAAAAUUUCUGUAGGAAUGCCACCAAAUAAUAAAUUUAGUAAUUACUUUCUUGCCCUUGGAACUUUUCUUUUUUCUUAUGGAGGGCAUCCUGGCUUUCCAACAAUUCAACAUGACAUGAAAAAACCUAAAGAAUUUACUAAAGCAUCAAUUAUAGCAUUUUUAAUUUUAUCAAUGCUUUAUUUGCCUGUGUGUAUUUUGGGAUAUAUUGUAUAUGGAAAUAGUUUACGCGAAUCUAUUAUGAAUUCAAUACAAAAUGUUUGGAUUCAACAUACAGCCAGCUUUUUAAUUACUGGACAUGCAAUAUUUUCUAUAAUUAUUGUAAUUAAUCCAAUUAACCAAAUUGCCGAAAAGAAAUUCUUUGUACCACAAGAAUUUGGCCCUUUUCGAAUUAUUGUUCGCGGAAUUGUCCUUUUUUUGGUAGUUUUAGUUGCUGAAUCAAUUCCAACAUUUGGGCCUCUACUCGAUUUAAGUGGAGGUUCUACACAAACGUCUACAGCAUUAAUAUAUCCCUGUAUUUGUUAUUUAUUUUUAAAUGCUUCUGAACAAAAAUAUAAAUUGAAAGAAACUAACAAAAAUAUUAAAAUUAAAUUUAAUGUAUGUAAAAUUUUUUUAAUGUUAAUGGUUAAUAAUGUAAGGAUUAUUCAACUAGAGCAUUUAAGACGUAAAGCGGGGGUUAAACGAUCUAAAGGGAUAAAAGUGAAAGUAUUAGUCGUCGCCCAUUAG